CGCCGUUAUAGCCACCAUACCGCCGUGUGUGCUGUCUACAAGUUCUACAAAUACACGUUCGUGCAUUUGGUGUUAUUCUUAGUAAACAAGUGCGUCGCACUUGUGUUGAUUUGGGCGUUGUCCCACCAGUGUCAUCUGCUGCCAUGGCGCACCACCACCACCAUCACGAUGACGGCGGCGACCCAUGCGGAGGCCACGGGGGAGCCUCUUCCCAUGGACCCGAGACGGGCUUACAGUACUCGCUCUACUCCAAAAUAGACCUUGACAACGUGCAGUGCCUAAACGAAAUAAAGGAAGGGUCCGGCAAGUUGGUCUUCAAGCCCUGGGAGCAGAGAUUGGAUCGCGAGAAGUAUGUGGACAGUGAUGCAGAUGAGGAGCUGCUCUUCAACAUCCCCUUCACUGGAAAUGUCAAGCUUAAGUCCAUCCUGGUUGUGGGAGGUGAUGCUGGCAUGCACCCUUCCAAGGUUCGCAUGUUCAAGAAUCGGCCACAGAUGACAUUUGACGAUGCCCGUGCGACACCUGAGCAGGAGUUUGAGCUGCAGCCUGAUGCCAGUGGCAACUUGGAGUACCCUGUCAGAAGCCAACGAGGGUCAGGGGUUGUGCAGGGCUGUAAAGUUCUCCAGUGUGCACCAUCUGUCGCUGCACUUCCCGAGCAACUUUGGGAGCGACACAACCCGUGUCUACUACAUCGGCCUGCACGGGGAGUUCACAGAGGCUCAGAGGCAAGGUGUGGUGUUGUGCAGCUACGAGAGUGCCGCCAACCCCGCCGACCACAAGGUGCAACAGCAGCAGCGAGCCAACAUGAUGAUACAGUAAUAAAAGCAAAGUGGGGCUACUCGCUUGCAAGAUGUUUGAAUUUCCUGUUUGUGGCGCACUGUGAUCCUGAUUAGAGACCUAUAUAAGUGUGGAAUAUAUUGGGUAUCAUGUGGACGCUUUAGGUCGGGGGCCAACUCCAGUUUCCUUAUUC